AUGCGGGGCCUAAGGUGUCCCAUCCUUAAUGCCGUAUUUACCCGCCAUAUGCCUUACUACAUACGUACAGGGCAGCGGUUUAGCGCCAUCAUUACCGGUACGCUACAGAGUGUUUUCAUUACGAGUGACAACGACAUGUACCAACAUAUGAACAAUGCCAUCUACAAUUUCCUUUACGAUUCCGUCAUCAACAGCUAUCUCUUCGAAUUCUGUGGUCUCAAGCCCGAUUCGUCCCCCCAAUAUGGCAUGGUGGUCCAUAGUCACAACGAUUACUUCGCCUCCAUCUCGUUCCCCGCCACCGCUGAGCUUGGCCUGCGCGUCAACAAGAUGGGCAACUCCAGUGUCACAUAUGAGAUUGCCCUCUUUGAGAAGGGCGUCGAACAGGUCAAGUCAGUCGGAGAGUUCAUUCAGGUCUGGGUCGACCGAGACACGGGCAGGCCGAGUGUGCAUGGCAUACGCCAGCAUGUUCGCAAUGGGCUCCAGCGCAUCAUGGUAGACACCCAUUUAAGCAAACUUUAG